AUGUGCGUGUCGGCGAGUAUAUGGACUAUGGGAUGUGGGAAAAGCCGACAUCACUCGCCCGACGUCUCGGAAAUUGAUUUAAGAAACAGUGGCAGCUUAAAGAACAGCAGCGGUGGAGUCGGCGGUCACAAGGUCGCUGGCAAACGCUCCAAGACCAAAUCUGGUCGACAUGAUAGCAACGGUCUUGACAACGAUACUGGAGACAGACCUUCUUCAGCCAAAAAGACAUCUAAUGGCAAGACAAGGUCUAAAGACAAAAAUAAAGACCCGGGCAACUCGUUAGGUAUAUCUUCACAGUCAUCAUCCUCAUCAUCAUCGGGCAAUCGGGCUGCUGCCUCGUCGUCUGCAGGAGCCCUUGGCGAUAAAGCUAAUGGUGCUACAAAACCUCAAGGCAGUUAUUAUCUGCUGGAAGUGCCGCAUGAUGUUUACAAAGCGGAUUCCUCAUCAAAGGUCACAAAUAAAGAUGUGAAAUCAUCAACAUCGACCAGAACAGUUCAUGUCACUACGAGCCAGCUAGAGUUUUUCAAAAUGUUGGAUGAGAAAAUUGAAAUGGGUGGUGAUUACCAGGCUUCGAAUGAAGCAUCCGAGGUGUCUUCGGCUGAUGAUGCUGUCAGGCAGUGA